AUGUCCGCGCAACGCAAACACGUUGGCUGGGUGCCCAAGACUCCCAUCUCUAACAUUAUCUUCUCUUUCUGUGGCACUGACAACUCAUCUGCUUAUAAGGUUGACAAUGGGUUACUAAAUGAUGGCUGUUUUCUGGACGCGCUAUCAGUUGUCCCACAUGUCUUCCUUUUCUUCAACACCUUCACCAUCCUCUUCAUUGGUUGGGGCGGUCAGAGCUCUAAGGCUCAUAUCCAUCACAGCACAUGGCUGCACUUCCCUGGUCAUAACAUGCGCUGGCUGCUCACGGCUGCCCUGCUGUUCGUGCUUGUGUGCAAGAUCGCCGAGGGGAUCGUCUCAGACGGGUUUAACCAGUCCCGCCACAUCCAUCUCUACAUGCCCGCAGGGCUGGGUAUACUGGCUGCUAUAACCUCCAUAGUCUACUACCACAACAUAGAGACCUCCAACUUUCCCAAGAUAUUGCUGGCAUGCUCAUCUACUGGAUCUUGGCAUUCAUCACCAAAACCGUCAAGAUGGCCAAGUACAGCGAGCACGGCAUCGGCAUGGGGUAGCUGCGCUUCUGCAUCACAGGUGAAGCCACCCAAGGACCUCCAGGACCUGGGUGUAUGCUUCCUCCAGCCCUUCGUCAACCUGGUGUCGAAGAGCACAUACUGGUGGAUGAAUCCCUUCAUCACCGCAGCCCACAGACACCAUAUCGACCUGAAGACCAUCGGCAAGCUGCCCAUAGCCAUGAGAGCGCUCACCCACUACCAGAAGCUAUGCAAGGCAUUUGAUGAGCUCAAGGAAAGUGGCACGCUGCCUCCUAGUGGCUCAAAGUGGGUAUGGCGUGCUCUGCAGCAGGAAUUCGGCAGGCAUCUGCUUCUCAGCAUCACAUACCGCGUAGUGCCUGAUCUGCUGGACCCUCUGCAAGACAACCAUACCAUCGAGCCCCCGGUCAAGCUGCUUGGGGUCCACUUCAUUUCCUUUCAGGCAUUCAUAGCAAAUGCCUAUGUACUGGCUGUCCUGCUUUUCCUGGCUCUACUUCUCCAGCGGACUUUCCUGCAGGCCUCCUACUAUGUUGCCAUGGAAACCCGCAUUAAACUCAGAGGAGCUAUACAGUGUAAGAUCUAUAAUAAGAUUAUGCACCUGUGCACAUCCAACAUGUCUAUGGGAGACUUGACCGUCGCUCAGAUCUGUAACAUAGUCACCAGAGAUACUGACCAGCACAUGUGGUUCUUCUUCCUGUGUCCCAACCUGUGGGCCAUGCCAGUACAGAUCACCAUUGGUGUGAUUCUGCUGUACUACUUGUUGGGGAUCAGCGCUCUGAUCGGGGCACUAGUCAUCAAAGUUCUGGCCCCCAUGCAGUACCUAGUGGCCACACAGCUCUCUUGGGCACAGAAAAGCACACUGAUGAGAACCCCACCUAUGUUUGGACCGAGAAGAAAUAUUCAAAUACUCAACACCAUCAACAAAAGACAAAAAAUACAUCAACAAAAGACAAACCUUUUAUUUGCUCAUCACUCAUUUUACGAGUACUCUAGCAAGCGCGUGAAGAAGACUAAUGAAUUGUUGAGAGGCAUUAAGUUACUAAAGCUGUAUGCCUGGGAGCACAUCUUCCGCUCCAGUGUGGAGGAGGCGCGCAGGAAGGAGCUGAGCAACCUCCACUCCUUCGCCCUCUACACCUCCCUUUCCAGUGAGAUGUCUUUCAACACGCUUGGAUCUGAAACACAGAUACAUACGUUUGUGGUGCACGUGCAUGUACACAGCUCCGCCAACGCCGAGCUGUCCCCUGCCGUGGCCUUUUCCUCCCUCUCGCUCUUCCAUAUCCUGGUCACACCCCUCUUUCAGCUUUCCAGUGUGCUGCACUCGACUGUUAAAGCCCUUGUAAGUGCACAGAAAUUUUUCACCAGUGAUGAAAUUAAAAUCAAUCAAGAGCCAAAAACACCACCCCCAGUCAAACCAAGCAACAAUGGCAACAUCGAGUCAGUUGUGAGUAUAGAUGAUAACGUCUUCAUGUUCCAUAUCGUAAAUGGCUAUUUCACCUGGGCUCAAGGAUGCCCCGCACUGACCAACAUUGACAUAAGAGUUGCUUUUAAUUACCAGAUCCAGAUGAUGAACCAUAUGACAGAGGCUUACGUUUCUCAGAGGCCCUGGCUCCACAAUGCCUCAAUUGAGGAAAACAUUUUGUUCAACACGGCCCCCAACCUGAGAAGAUAUAAAGAUGUGAUUGAAGCAUGCCAGCUACAGCCUGAUAUUGACAUACUUCUCCAAGGAGACCGAACUGUGGUUGGAGAGAGGGGUAUUAUUCUGUCUGGGGGUCAGCGGCAACGAAUUAGUAUAGCCAGAGCCCUCUAUCAGAAAACUGAAGUUGUGUUCCUGGACGACCCGUUCUCAGCCCUGGACAUCCACCUGAGCAACUAUCUGAUGAAGGAGGGCAUUCUGAAGCACCUCAGGCAGGAAAGGAGGACUGUGGUGCUGGUGACCAAAAAAUUGCAGUAUUUACCACACGCUGACUGGAUCAUAGCCAUGAAAGACGGUACAAUGCAGACCCAGGGCACCUUAAAGGACAUCCAGUGUGCAGAGCCUGAACUAUUCAACCACUGGAAGACACUGAUGAACAGACAAAACAAGAUUACUGUGGCUUCCUCUGUGCGGGCUUGUGGAAUAUCAACAGCCUCUCAUGUUACUGUAUUGGGCUUUAAAGACAGCUCCACAAGCACAGAUGAGGAGAGUCUGGCGACCGUGCUACAGCGGAGGGCCUCCAUCCUGUGGAACAUGCUGGAAACGUACCUGCGGGCAGCUGGCCUUGUGCUGUUGCCCCUGCUCCUAUCCUUGCAGUUCGCCAAACACUCGCUCAUGCUGGCCAUAGACUUCUGGCUCGCCCACUGGACCUCUCGGACCAUCGGCGCCACACUGCACGAUCUUUCUCUUGACCAGGAGUAUACGUUCUGUCUUCUUCCAUACCUGGGGGUCUUUUGUAUGCUGUGCUGUCUGGGCAUAGUGCUGUGUCUUGUCACCUUUCUGCUGGUGGAGUGGACAGAGCACCGGGCAGCCAAGGAGCUACACAGCAGUCUACUCCGCAUCAUCGUCCUCGCCCCUAUGAGGUUGUUUGAUACAACUCCACUCUGCAGUAUUCUUAACCGAUUCUCUGCUGACACAAACACUGUGGAUCAGCACAUCCCAGUCACUGUGGAGUGUUUCAGUCGCUCCAAUCUGCUGUGUUUGUCCAUGGUGGCCAUCAUCUCUUAUGUUACACCAGUCUUCCUCGUUGCCCUUCUGCCAUUGGCCAUCACAUGCUACUUCAUUCAAAAGUACUUCCGUAUGGCAUCCCGGGACCUCCAGCAGCUAGAGAACACCAUCCAGAUUCCCCUCCUCUCCCACUACACUGAGACCAUAGAGGGCCUCUCCACCAUCCGAGCCUUUAGACAUGAACAAAGAUUUAAGAAGAAACUUCUAGACUAUGCAGACGCCAGUAACAUCACCUCCCUCUUUCUUACAGCAGCCAAUCGUUGGCUUGAAGUUCGUAUGGAGUACUUUGGGACAUUUGUUGUCCUGAUAGCAGCUGUAGCUUCCAUCACCAGAGCUCUAUACAGCGAGCUCUCAGCAGGAUUAGUGGGCCUGGUCCUAACAUAUGCCCUCAUGGUGUCAAACUACCUGAACUUGAUGGUACGUAACCUAGCAGACAUGGAGGUGCAGCUGAUCUGUGUGACGAGAAUAAGCAGCCUACUGCACACACAGCCAGAGAGCUACAGCGGAGAACUGACUCCUGCUCGGCUUCCACCAGGCUGGCCCUAACGCGGUGAGAUCCAGAUCGAGAACCUGAGUGUGCGUUACGACAUCAGCCUGAAACCUGAGCUAAAACACAUCAAUGCCCACAUCAAGCCUGGACAAAAGGUCGGCUUGUGCGGAAGAACAGGAAUUGGAAAGUCCUCCUUCUCCUUGGCCCUUUUCCGAACGGUGGACACAUUUGAAGGGUGAAUCAUUAUUGACGGCAUUGACAUUGCUAAACUACCCCUUCAGACGUUGCGUUCCAAGUUUUCCAUAAUUUUACAAGACCCCAUUUUGUUCAGUGGGACUUUUCGCUUUAAUCUGGAUCCAGAGAGAAAGGCCACUGACCACAUGCUGUGGGAAGCUCUGGACAUUGCUCAGCUCACGGCCAUGGUCAAAGCUCUGCCUGAGGGGCUAGAUGCCAUGGUGACAGAGGGAGGCAAAAACUUCAGUCACGGCCAACGGCAGCUGUUCUGCCUGGCCCGAGCAUUUGUGAGGAAGAGCAGCAUCCUCAUCAUGGAUGAAGCCACCGCUUCCGUCGACAUGGCGACCGUGAGAACAGCAAUAAGUCACAAUGCUCAGCACCACGUACACACAACCUUGCACUCGGACAUAAUCAUUGUGAUGAAGCAUGGUGCCAUUGUGGAGCGUGCCAGACCAGACGUGCUGCUCAAGCAGGAGGACAGUGUGCUUUCUUCAUUCGUCCGAGUGGACAAGUGAGCAGUAUUGGCUGGAGUACGAAUGUGGUGGGAUUUGUAUGAUCUGUACAUUGUAAAAAAAAUUGUUAAAAGGCUAUUUACUAAAUACAUGACAGAUACAACCAUUUAUAACUAGUAAUAAAAUGUAAUAGAAACCUAAAAGGUUUGAAAGUUCUUGUUCAUGUUGUACUUAAUAAAAUCUCAUAAUUUUGGAGUUAAGAAGAUAAUAUGGAAGAAGUUUAAGAUGAUGGUACAUUAAAAUGAACAUGGAGCAAAAUACAGCUAACUUUCUGUAGUCCUCAAGCUUAAA